AUGAAAGAAAUUGAAGAAAAAAUCAAUACAGAAGCACAAAGAAUAAUAGAAGCACUUCCAGCUAAAAAUGAAACUAAACCUGAAGAUAUAAAAGCUGCUUUAGCAGCUGCUAGAGAAAUAAAAGAAAAAGCAGAUGAUAUUAUAGGAAAAAUGCCAGCAGAAAAUGAUAAUAAUACUCCUAAUACUAAACCUGAAUUAGAUGAACUUAUCAGAAUUGAGAUAGAAAAAUUAAUAAAUAAUGCAAUAUAUUCUAAUAGAGAGAUAGUAGAAAUUGAAAGAGAAAUUUAUAAUAGAAUUAUAGAUUCAAAUUUAUUAAACAGUGAUGAAAAAAUUAAGCUUCAAUCAUUAAGAGUUAGUAAAAAAAUAUAUUUUGAAUUUGUAGAUGAUUAUGGAAAAGUAGAUAGAUAUCUUCAAGGUUUAAUAGAUUUGCGAGAAGAA